GUCAAAGCCAUCCGGGAAUUACGUGAAGGUGGUGGAGACACAAAAUGGCAACAAGCGCACGUCAGUUGGUAUGGCUCCUCAACAUCUUCUCUCAUGCCAGCCAACACUCUUCAGCCUUUCCUUCAGAUGUUUAAGAUCCGCUAUAAUAAGCGCAAAAGAGGGCCGUAUAGAGAAGCAAUAAAACAGGCAACCUGUGAGGCAGAGCAGAUAAGUUCCCUUGAUCCACAGCAAGAUUUUCAGCAUUGGCAUCCUCCUCCACAACAGACACCAAUACAGAGUGAGGAGAUAUUUGAUGAGUUAUUUUUGCAUUCCAGUGUUCCACUUCAGAUGAAAGGGUUUCAUUUUCCAUUUCUUGGAAUUAGAGAUUUGUCCUCUAGCAUUUUUCUUCCCAUAUUGAUCACUCAUUUCAGUCAGUUGGCGUUUCACUCCACCCUUUCAUAUUUUGCUCACUUGUAAAUUUCAUCAGUGUUUUCAGAGUGAAUUGGAACAUAGCCUAGGUUCCAGCAGCCAUUGUUAGAGGUCAGCUCUGUGAAAGCUGUGAAUUCUUCCCAUUCAUUAGUACAUCUAUUAUUU